UGUCGAGCAUCUGGCACUGCAGUCCUAUGCUGCGGUCUGUGUUGCAGUUAAGCAUGGCGGAGGGGUAAACUCGACGUAUGCGAUUACAUACUCCGAUUCAAACUAUCGAAAAUACCUGCUUCACGAUUCAUACGUGAUGUUACAUGUUUUAUUUCUGUUUCUAUAAUAGAAUCAUAAUAUUGAAAGAUGGUUCGAAGCGGUGAAAAGGAGAGGCACUACCGAAGGAGGUCCAGGUCCCGGUCUGCAUCGCCAGAGAAGAAACGGAGAAGAUCCAGGAGCCGAGACCGAGAAAGAGAAAAGACUCGUCACAAGGAACGUCGAAGCCGAUCCAGGGAAAGAGAGCGCGAAAGGGGCGAUAGGAAGGAACGUACGGACAGGGAAAGAGAACGUGAUAGAAAACGUGGCGACAGUAAAGAAAAGCGUCUUACAGGCUCAAAAUCCUCGCGCUCGGGUAAAGAUCGAUCGAACAGAUCACGGUCACGAGAACGUAAGGACAAAGACAAAGGUGACACUGAGGAUUUGCCAUUUGACCACACAAAAUUGGAUAAGGAGGAGGAACAAAAAAGGCUGGAGUUGGAAAUGCAAAAACGACGUGAAAGAAUAGAAAGAUGGCGUGCCGAAAGAAAGAAAAAGGAAUUAGAAGCUACCAAAAAGGAUGGAAAAUCGUCUAUCUUAGCAAACCUUCAGCUUCCUAUGAAAAAAUGGUCCCUAGAAGACGACAGCGAUGAAGAGACUCCCGUCAUCCUCAACAGUACCAAAGAAAUUAAGGAAGAAGGAGAUAUCAAAGAAGAACUCGAGGUGAUACCAGAAGAAAUUAAAAUACAGGAAGAAGAAGUUGAUCCUCUCGAUGCUUUCAUGGCUGAGGUUCAAGAAGAAGUACGAAAAGUUAAUAAACUAGACCCUAACCGAUCAAAACCGACCAAUAAUGGAACAGGUACUGGAAACACACAGAGUGGUGGAGUGGUUAUAGUUACUGGUGUAGCUAAAAAACAGGUUGCAAAGCAGAAGGGAGAAUUGAUAGAACAGAAUCAGGAUGGAUUGGAAUAUUCUAGUGAAGAAGAAGGUGAAAACCUUCACGAAACUGCUGCUGGAAUAGCCAAUAAACAAAAACGUGAGCUGGCCAAAGUUGAUCACGCAGCAACGGAAUAUCAACCGUUCAGAAAAGCGUUUUACGUUGAAGUUCCUGAAAUUGCAAGAAUGACGCCUGAAGAAGUAGAAGUAUAUAAGGAGGAGCUUGAGGGAAUCCGUGUAAAGGGAAAAGGUUGUCCAAAGCCUAUCAAAUCUUGGGCCCAAUGUGGGGUCACAAAAAAGGAGUUGGAAGUAUUAAAAAAGCUCGGUUAUGAAAAACCUACACCAAUACAAUGUCAAGCCAUUCCAGCGAUCAUGUCUGGCCGCGAUUUAAUCGGUAUUGCGAAAACUGGAAGUGGUAAGACACUAGCCUUUCUUUUGCCAAUGUUCAGGCACAUACUUGAUCAAACUCCGUUGGUGGAUGGCGAUGGACCUAUUGCGUUGAUCAUGACACCAACUAGGGAACUCUGCAUGCAAAUUGGCCGAGACUCAAAAAGAUUUACAAAAUCCUUGGGCCUCUCUCAUGUAUGCGUAUAUGGUGGUACCGGAAUUUCGGAACAGAUAGCAGAACUGAAAAGAGGUGCAGAAAUCAUUGUAUGCACACCUGGUAGAAUGAUUGACAUGCUGGCUGCCAACAGUGGACGUGUGACUAAUUUGAGAAGAGUGACUUAUGUCGUUUUGGACGAGGCUGACAGAAUGUUUGAUAUGGGUUUUGAACCGCAGGUAAUGCGAAUAAUGGAAAAUGUCAGGCCAGACCGCCAAACAGUCCUCUUCAGUGCUACAUUCCCUCGGCAAAUGGAGGCCUUAGCUAGACGGAUACUUACUCGUCCCGUAGAAGUUCAAGUGGGUGGUCGUUCUGUGGUAUGUAAAGACGUUGAACAGCACGUCGUAGUUCUUGAAGAGGAUCAAAAGUUCUAUAAGCUUCUCGAAGUGCUGGGACAUUAUCAGGAUAAAGGCUCUACAAUAGUUUUUGUGGACAAGCAAGAGAAUGCGGAUACACUGUUGAAAGACCUAAUGAAAGCUUCGUACUCAUGCAUGUCUCUACAUGGUGGAAUUGAUCAGUGCGAUCGAGAUUCUACUAUUAUGGAUUUUAAAGCUGGUAGAACGAAAUUGUUGGUUGCCACUUCAGUUGCAGCCAGAGGACUUGAUGUAAAACAUCUCGUUCUUGUCCUGAACUAUGACUGUCCAAAUCAUUAUGAAGAUUACGUUCAUAGAUGUGGGAGAACUGGACGUGCUGGAAACAAGGGAUAUGCUUACACGUUUAUCACACCUGAACAAGAAAGAUAUGCGGGUGAUAUUCUACGUGCUCAUGAAUUAGCAGCUGUACCAGUUCCGGAACCGUUGCGUCAACUUUGGGAAGGUUACAAAACUCGUCAGGCAGCUGACGGUAAGAAAGUACACACCGGAGGAGGUUUCAGCGGGAAAGGUUUCAAGUUUGAUGAAUCAGAGGCAGCUCUGGCGAAUGAAAAGAAGAAAUUCCAAAAAGCUGCGCUAGGUUUGCAAGACUCCGAUGAUGAAGACAUUGAAAAUGACAUUGAUCAGCAGAUCGAAAGUAUGUUAGCACCAAAGCGAACUGUUCGCGAAAUUUCCAGGCCAUCCGUGGCAAAUAUUUCUGUUCCUGGACAACCUGUACCAAGUGCUACAGACAAAUUAGAACUUGCGAGGAGAGCCGCAUCUAAAAUUAACAUUGCCAAAAAUCUGGGUGCUGAGGCAAAGGGGGCAACUCAACAAGCUGCAGAAGCUAUUCUCAAGGGUGCAGGUCCUACAAACCUUAUCACCGCCAAGAUAGUAGCUGAGCAACUCGCUGCAAAGUUGAAUACGAAACUGAACUACCAACCGAGAGAAGAAGAUCUUGUCGAAGGGGAGGGUGAACCUGGUGAACAGACUUUCCGAAAAUAUGAAGAAGAGCUUGAGAUCAAUGACUUUCCGCAACAAGCGAGGUGGCGCGUUACAAGCAAAGAAGCUCUCGCUCAAAUUUCGGAAUAUUCAGAAGCCGGACUCACUGUUCGAGGGACAUAUAUCACACCAGGAAAAGCUCCGCCGGAAGGUGAAAGGAAGUUAUACCUUGCAAUUGAAUCGACCAGCGAAUUGGCUGUCAGUAAAGCAAAGGCGGAGGUAUCCCGACUUAUUAAAGAAGAACUCAUUAAACUCCAGUCGUCGGGAACGCACACAGGAUCGCGGGGACGAUAUAAAGUUUUAUAAUUUGUACGGUUUUCUAUGUAUAAUGUUACCCGCACCGGAUUAAUCCAGGAAAUAGUUUUUGUACACCGAGUACAGUUUGAAUCAAUGAUGAUUUCAAUACAAUUCUGUAUAAUAUGAAUUGAAUAAUUCAAUCUAUACAUGUAUCGUAAGAUGCAAAACGUUGGUAUUUAAAAAUAAAAAAAAAAGGAAAAAUUGACACGAACGGAAUCCAUGUUUCUUAUACAGCCUGAAAAAUAUUAACUCACCCCAUUCAUCUACAAUGGUUGAAGAAGCAAAUGCUAGUACCACACACAAUACGUUAUGACAAGUAAUAUAAUAAGUGCAAAAAUUGACAAUAACAGUUUUAAGAAAUAGCUAAUUUUUAAGAAUAUGAAGUAACAGUCUUAUAAUUUUUUAUAAGUGGAAAAUGUUUCGGUGUCCGAAUCAUCACAAAUUUUCAUUCACCUAGUAUGUUGAGGCCUAGAAACUGGGAUAGCACAAUCAAAAUGUUGUAAGACGAACCAUUUAGGCAGAAGACAGAUUUCUGUGUGAUUUUUACUAGCACUGCUUAUCCCACAAUGUUUUAGCUGCAAUUUCAUCUCUACAUGAAGUUGAAAUCUGUAAUCAAAUUGCAGUUCUCUUAGAUUGGUGAAUUUUCGUUAAUAAUGCGAGAAUCUGCUUACAGCAGCAACUUGGUAUGAUCGGAAAAUAAUUUUAUUUUACAACACUAAUAAUUUAAAAUUAUUACUUUACAGGUAUAUUCAUGCACCAUUGCCUAUAACUCUGCAUUUCUCUUUCUAUUCUUUGGUAAUAUAUAAAUUGAAAAGUACUUCCUAUACUACAUUAAACUAUGUAGGCACUAGGAGGAUCACAGACUUGGAGCGAA